AUGUUCAAAUUUCUAUUAAUUAUAUUAAUUAAUUUAAUAAUCAAAACCCAUUCAUGGGAUUGGAAAGAAUACCCAUCCCCUAGAAGAACAACUUAUUGGUAUUGUGGUGUUUCAAAACCAGCCUAUGUUUGUGAUCCUGAUGGAAUGUUAACUGAUCAAAAGAGAGAAGAAAUUGUUGAAUUAGUUGAGGAAUUUAAGGAAAAAACUAAAAGACCAAAAUCAAAGUUUAUAUGUACUAGAGAAGGAAUUAGACUUAUUGUGGCUUUAGCAAAACAAAGAAUUCGUCCAGAAAGUGCAUUAUCUGAAAAAACUGUAUGUUUUAAUGAAUAA